AUGUCGCAAGAACAAAUUGACAAUUUUAUGGCAAUCACUAGUGCCGAAACACCGGAAUUAGCUACACAGUUCUUGGACAUGGCUGGUGGCAAUCUGGACAUAGCCAUCUCAUUGUUCUUUGAGCAUGGUGGUAAUGCGCAACUGAAGCAAUCCACCCCAGCACCAACAACAACCGCAAAUAUCAAUUCCUCUAAUAUGGGGAACUCCGGUGACAAUGAUGAAGAAUUGGCUCAAAGAUUGCAAAAUGAAGCAUAUAACGAAGGACAAGCAGUUAGAGCUCCUGAUGAAGCAAGACAUGAGACAUUGACUGAAACACACGUGUUUCCAGGGACUUACGGUGGCAUCGGUGGAUCCUUUAACCCCUUGAGAGGCAUCGGCAGUGGUGUUAACGAUAUGUUUGAUAAUUCCACUCCUCCAGGGAUUUUUAAUCAGAGAUUGACCACGGUCAAUGGCGUAGAUGAAGACGCUUAUGGAACUUUUGAACCUGAUUCAAAUUCAGAUAUUUCAGACCUAAAUGAGGAUGAUGAUGAUGAAGAUGAUGAUUAUGAAUUAGUGGAAGAACCAGUCGUAGAGUUAGAUGAAGAUGGAACAGUACAAGAGUCUACAAAAUGGGUGAGAAGGCCGAAAGGAAAAACUAAAGAGGAAAGAUUGGCGAUAUUAUUUAGACCUCCGUUUAAAAUCAUGUCAAAAUUGAACCUAGAAGGGGCAAGGAUGAAAGCAAGAAAGAAAAAUAAAUGGAUCAUGAUUAAUAUUCAAGACUCGGGUGUUUUCCAAUGUCAAGCAUUAAAUAGAGAUUUAUGGUCCUCCAAGGACGUGAAAAGAUUAUUAAAGAAAAAUUUCAUCUUUUUGCAAUAUCAAUAUGAAUCAAGAAAUGCAGAACCAUACUUGAAUUUUUAUCCAUUACCUAAUAAAAAAGAUGAUUUACCUCAUAUAGCUAUCUUGGACCCAAUUACUGGGGAAAGAGUAAAACAAUGGAACCAAGAUGUUCCUAAGAUAAGUUCUUUUAUUAAAGAUAUAAACCAGUUCUUAUCUGAUUAUUCUUUGGAUCCCAAAAGUACGAAUCCAACGGUAAAGGAACCUACUCCAGAACUAGAUCCAACAACAUUAACUGAGGAACAACAAAUGGAACUAGCGAUUCAACAAUCAUUAGGAAACUCAUCAUCUAAGCCCAUCACGUUUGAUGAUAAAGAAAUAGGGUUAGACAAUGACGGUAAUGGAGGAGAGGAGGAUGAUACUGCCAUAGGAGAAGCAGAAGAAACACACGAAAGUAUAUUUGAAAAUAUCAGGCCAGUGCACCAUAUGGAACCACUCAACAAACCAGGAAUUACAACACGUAUUCAAAUACGUACUGGUGAUGGGAAAAGAAUUGUUAGAAGAGUAAAUGCAAUGGAUGAUAAAGUCCGUACCUUAUAUGAAAUUGUAAAAUCAGAAAUUGAAGGUUAUGAUUCAUGUGCAUUUACACUGAGCGAUCAUCAAAGGAAUGACUUGAUAGAUAAAGUCGACAUGUCUAUUAGCGAUGCAGGCUUGAAAAACAGUUCACUUUUGUUGGAGAAAGUAAUAGAAGAUUAA